GAACUGCUUUGAGUCUGCCUGCUUUCUGGUCCACAAACAAUCUACUGCCUUAACCAAGCUCAAAAAUCCUUAUUUCUUACCCACAACCAACUUGGCAAAUGAAUUCUGAGAGCAGAUGACCCAUUAACUUUGUGUUCACUAACUGAGCACCCAGCGGCUGUACAGGGAUAGUGGUCAAAGGUCCCCGUCAGUGGUUUCAACAAGAGUAGAACGGAUGGAGGUUGAAAACAGAAACUGUUCUCUAAGUAGUUUGGAUCUUGGGAGAAUUGAAGCUAGAAAAAUCAGAGACAAAAUAAUUGAUGCCGACUUUGGUACAGAUGAAUGCUACAAAGAGCUGAAUUCCAAAACUGACAUAUCUGGGAACUGUGGGAUCAGCACUACCGGGUACACAGCCUGCAGACCUACUGACCUGAGGUGUGGGAAAUUAAUAUGUAGAUAUGGAAGUGAAAAUAUCAUUAAAAUAAGAUCUGCCACUGUUAUUUAUGCCAAUAUAAGUGGGGCAAUCUGCAUCUCCCUGGAAUAUACCGAAGGUCAUGUAGAGAGUCCGAUGAUGUGGGUGAAAGAUGGUACUGUCUGCAGCGCAAAAAAGGUUUGCAUGAAUAAAGAAUGUAUAGAGGAUACGUUCUUGCAAUAUGAUUGCACCCCAGAAAAAUGCAACAAUCACGGUGUGUGUAAUAACAAGAAAAACUGCCAUUGUAACCCCACAUACUUACCGCCAGACUGUACAAACACGCAAGAUUCCUGGCCUGGUGGAAGCGUUGAUAGUGGCAAUCAACAGCGAGCCCAGCCAAUCCCCGUGCGGCCCUCCAUCGCAAGUGCUUACAGCUCCAAAUCUACACGGUGGCCAUUUUUCUUGAUCAUCCCUUUCUACGUUUUGAUCUGCGUCCUGAUCGCCAUGCUGAUAAAACUUCAUUCCCAAAGGAAAAAAUGGAGAACCGAUGACUUCUCGAGCGAUGAAGUAAUUCAUUUCAGUGGACAGAAAAACAGUGGAAAAGAAAAAUAUAUGCAUUACCUGAUUGCCUUGGAAGUCAAGCCUGCAUAUUGUGGUUUCCAUCUGGCCAGAAAUCGUAUCUCUCCAUACACAUGUAUGAUACAUAUAUGUUCAUAUAAUUCCAUAAAUGAUUUGCUUGUAAGAAAUGUAUGAUUAUGAAUUUUGUACUAUACUUUGAUAUUUUACCCUAUUUCUGGUAGCCGGUAGGCAUAAAUUGUAUUAUCUAGUAGGCACAUUACAAGAAAGGUUAUAAAAUAAAGGUGGUACCGUGACUCAU